GACAUUCUUGGGAGCUGCAAGGAGAAAUAGUUGAGCUUGGUUCCAGUUUGAGGGAACAGAGGGGUUCCAGCUUGGUCUGGGAGUGCCAAAAAAGAAUCCAGCCCUCCCCCACUUCACAGAGGGAAGAGAAGAUGCGAGGAGCGAUUCCCCUGUGCGUCCUUCUGCACGCCAGCUCUGUGCUGUGCGGUGCUGAGCAGCCCCGGGGCAACCACACUUGGUGCGAAGGCUCUGGCGCCUGCUACAGUGUCCACCUCGCCCAAGUGCCCUUCGGCAGAGCCCAGAAGGCCUGCGCUGUGCGCGGGGGAGCGCUGAGCACGGCCAGCGGGGAGGCAGAGGUGCGGACCAUCCUCGCCCUGCUGAGAGUGGUUGCAGCCGAGCCCGGCUCCUGGAUGUUCUGGCUCGGGCUGGUCAGGAGAGCGCAGCAAUGCACCCACAUGGACUGGCCGCUGCGGGGCUUCUCCUGGCUGGCGGGCCCCCAGCAGGCGCCCCAGGGAGAGCCCAAGGAGCUGGACAAGUGGGUGAAAGAGCCGAGCAAGUCGUGCAUCACCCUGCGGUGCGCGGGGCUGCAGGUCACUGCGGGGCGCCAGGACCUGGAGCCCUGGGGUUGGAAGGAGCUGACCUGCAAGGACACCACCACCCAAGGCUAUGUGUGUAAGUACCAGUACAACGGCACCUGUCCCGCUCCGCGGCCCCAGGGCGCCCGCAGCCUCCUCUACUCGCUCCCUUACCAGCUGCACAGCGCCGCCCUGGACUUCAGCCCCCCGGGCACUGAGCUCGUGGUGGCCUGUCCCGGGCCCCGGGGAGACGUGCGGCUGCUCUGCGAGCUGGGGCAGGGCGGCUACAACUGGACGGGCGCUGGGGAGCAGCUGUGCCCUUGCCCCUCCGGGUACCAGAGCCCCAGCACUGGAGCCUGCAUGGAGCCCAGAGACUGCACCAGCGCCCAGGGCGCUUUCCUCUGCGUGUGCGCCCGGGGCUUCCUCCUGGGGGCCGACAAGAAAUCCUGUGAGCGCCCCGGGCACAUCGGGGGCUCGGCCACAGCGGCACCCGACCCGACCCUGUCUGCGGGGGGGACUGUCCCCAGCAGCAGCUCGGGUGCGCCUUCCCCCCCCUACAGCUCUCAGCCAAGCACAGCUGGGGAGGUACAGUCCUCGUCCUCCCCCACGUAUGUCUUCAUCCUGGUCGCCAUGGCUGUGGUGACGGUGGUGAUCCUGGUCGGGGCUGUGCUGGUGGUCUUCAAACUCUGCUUCACUAAGAGCCCCUCCUCGGCUAGCGGGGCCGGCCAGGAGCCGGCUCCAGCAGCAGCCGCAGAGAGUGAUCCAGAGGCCGACACCACAAGUUCCGAGAAUUCCUUGGAGGCCCGGGGAGACACGGCAGAGAGAUUGCAGGGCGAGCCCAGCCCAGAGAAGGAAGCUCCACUCGGGAAUUAAGAACCUCUAGGGCACCAUGGACCAUGGAAGCUUAAUUUGAAAUGAACCAGCCGUGAGUUUCCUUUCGUGUGAGUGACCCCAGGCUGAGCUGGCAGCUCCCACCCAUUUGGAGGGAGGCUUCUUCGUGUCAAGGCAUCUCUCUGGAGAGGAAGGAUUUGGCGAUGUUUCAAUGAAACCCUGAACAUCGCAUCGCCUGGUUUUGUUGUUUUUUUACACGUAUUCAUGUAAAUUGCCACCGGGCUUGGCAGACGUGCCCAUGACAAUGCCCCGACAAAGGAAGGGUCUGGCUGGGAUCUCUGCAACACAGGGCUUGAUGUGGCCUUUAAUGCAUUUAUGCUUUAUGGCCAAAAUGGUCAGACUUGGGUGCUGAAAGUUAGGCACUUAAGCGGCUUGUUUUUCAGGGGUUCCGAGCACCUGCAGCUUCUGGUAAUUUCCCUGGGAAUUUUUAAUCACAUUCUGAAAAGCAGGUCACUUAUUUAGGUGCAUACUUAAAUAAAAUAUAGAGGAUGGGGCCUGAGUUUCAGAAGGGCUGAUCACCAGCACCUCCUGUUGACUUCAACUGGAGUUUGGGUUCUUAGCAUCUCCGGGAAGCAACCAAGUUUGAAAAUGUUGACCAAGGUGCCUUACAAGUUGUAAAUUAUCCCUUGAUGUAGAAUAUUUGAGUGGUACUUGGGGGCUUUAAUUUUAUUUUUAAUUGUUGUUUGAACAUUUGGAGAUAUACACGUCCAUAAUUUUGGAGGAAACUCAGAUCCAAACACUGUUUAGCCAGACUUUUUUUUUUUAAUGUUCAGUUCAUUGCUGUAUUUGGAAAAUCAUUAAAUUGCAGAUGGGGAGAUAGGCUAACGGGGAGUUAAUUUUGUAUCAGUCCAUGGAAGAAAAAUAAAGGAUG